UCCUUUCCCAGCCUGAAGGAUGUCUUCCUCAUUAAAGCGCAGCUGGAGCGACCGUAGUUGUCAGACCAGGAUUCAAAAAUGCUGGUUCCCUGUAAAAGUGUAUUGGGACACGGGUCGCCUUGGCAUGAAGUUGGUUGAGCAGGAUGGAGUGUUGGUCGUAAGGAGAACGCAAAAGGGCACAUGGGCAGAUGAGAUGAAGCUGCGCAUCGGGGAUGAACUCGUGAGUAUCAAUGGACAAGCAGUGUCACAGAUGAGGGAGCAUCUUGGUCGCUAUAGCGAGACAUUUCAGGGUGCGAGGGCGCAUUGGACUGCAGAGAUACGCUGCUAUGGCGACGGCCUCUCCGUCUCACUUUCGCUCGUCUUUGUCGUGCUUCUGCUACCCCGACAGCAGCAAGAUUGGAUGAGGUUGCCCGAGGCGUGCUUGGGGGGAUGCGGCUCAGUGACUUUAGCGCAUGCCGAGAGGUGGUCCGUUCAAGAGCUGAAAGCAGCUUGUUUGCACGCUGCAAGUGGCAGUCCGCCUUGCUUGGCCCAAAGGAAGGAUGAACAAGAAUUAGGAAUGAGAUGCGACAUUCUUUUAGGCUUGGAAGUGAGGGCUGACGAGGACAGGGCAGUGGAUGCUGUCGUCACGGCCUUGUUGCAUACUUUGGAGGAUCCGGAAAAGAAGCAGGAGAUCCAAAGCAAUGCAAGAACUGAAGAUCCUAUGCAUGAACUGGCUGCAGAGGUGCACGAAGAGGACACUCAGAUCACAGAUCCCGCGGAGCCGGCAAAGCCAAUAGGGUUGAUAGAACCAGAGCCAUCGCAACCGUCAGAACCUGCGGAUCCGACGCUUCUGGCCGACGUAGAGUCGCGUGAGCCACGUGAGCGUCAGUACAGCGAUUUCGAGGAAUUUGAGAAUGACGAGCCAUCUGAGUACGAAGAUGUUUUUGAGAUCGACGACGAAGAGAACACUCCUGCAAACAAGGAGUCUGGCAAGAGCUCAAAUCCAGAGAGUGGCUAUCCAGGCACUACGCCAGCGAUAGCAGCUCCUUCUAUGGCAAACCUGGAGACGGAGGCCAGUCAUGAGCGAAGAGUUGUCUUUGCUGAGACUAGAGAGGAUUUGAACAUCGUCCUUGAAGGCAGAAUAGGUCAGGGAGACACCAAUGCACAGGCUAAUCAUCCUUCACUAGAAAAAAAGGUCAGCUUCUCUGAUGAUGCUGGUGUGGAUUCAGCAACUGCAAAGGCCAUGAGAAAAGGCACAGGCUUUGUUUCACAAGAAGACUUGCCAGACUCGGAGGACGACGAGGAAGAUGAGACAGAUGAGAUACAGAUCAAGGUGUUUUUUGCUGGCAACAUUGCAGCAUUGACUGUGAGGCUCCACCAGGUUGUGGUGAGCGGAAAGUCAGAGGCUGGUACAGACUCGGAGCAGGUUCAAGCAAUGAGAAAAGGCACAGGCUUCGUACCCAUGAGGGACUUGCCAGAUUCAGAUGAUGAGGACAGCAAGGACCCUGAAGACCAGGAAGCGGAAGAGGAGGCUGGCACAGACUCAGAGACCGCAAGAGCAAUGCGGAAAGGCACUGGCUAUGUGCCCAUGUCUCAAAUUGCUCGCUUGGGAAGUGAUGAAGACACCGCAGACGAGGUGGAUGAGAUCCGGCAUGUCAGUUUCUCUCCAGACACUGCAACAUCAAAUGAGACAAAUGCUUCCCAUCGGAAGGGUACGGGCUACGUGCAAAUGUCAGACCUGCCUGAUGAUGAAGACGAGGAAGGGGUGGAUGAAAUAGCUGACAAGAAAGUCAGCUUUGCCGAUGCACAAGACCCAGCAAGCAAGAACGGUUCUCAAGCCUCAUCCACUCGCAAAGGAACUGGCUACGUGGCCACGCGGAAUUUGCCAGAGUCGGAGGACGAGGAAGAUGAGACAGAUGAGAUACAGGCUCCACCAGGUUGUGGUGAGCGGAAAGUCAGUUUCUCACAGGAGGCUGGUACAGACUCGGAGCGGGUUCAAGCAAUGAGAAAAGGCACAGGCUUCGUACCCAUGAGGGACUUGCCAGAUUCAGAUGAUGAGGACCCUGAAGACCAGGAAGCGGAAGAGGCUCCUCCUGCUUCCUCUGAGCGGAAAGUCAGCUUCUCUCAGGAGGCUGGCACAGACUCAGAGACCGCAAGAGCAAUGCGGAAAGGCACUGGCUAUGUGCCCAUGUCUCAAAUUGCUCGCUUGGGAAGUGAUGAAGACACCGCAGACGAGGUGGAUGAGAUCCGGCAUGUCAGUUUCUCUCCAGACACUGCAACAUCAAAUGAGACAAAUGCUUCCCAUCGGAAGGGUACGGGCUACGUGCAAAUGUCAGACCUGCCUGAUGAUGAAGACGAGGAAGGGGCGGAUGAAAUAGCUGACAAGAAAGUCAGCUUUGCCGAUGCACAAGACCCAGCAAGCAAGAACGGUUCUCAAGCCUCAUCCACUCGCAAAGGAACUGGCUACGUGGCCACGCAGAAUUUGCCAGAGUCGGAGGACGAGGAAGAUGAGACAGAUGAGAUACAGGCUCCACCAGGUUGUGGUGAGCGGAAAGUCAGUUUCUCACAGGAGGCUGGUUCAGACUUGGAGCGGGUUCAAUCAAUGAGAAAAGGCACAGGCUUCGUACCCAUGAGGGACUUGCCAGAUUCAGAUGAUGAGGACCCUGAAGACCAGGAAGUGGAAGAGGCACGGGCCUUUGGGUGCAACGUUAUAAUACGUUAUACCAGGUUGGCGUGCCCUAUGCCUCACCAUGUUAGUCGCUCCAACCACAGCCUGUGA